UGCGAAUCAAAGAAUUUCAUUAAAAAAGGAAUGACUACAUCAAGUAUAUGGGUUAUUGUUGCAUUGAAUAAGCAAAGCAAAGGAAUUCAGGAGGAAAGUCGUUUGAAUUCCAGGACUGUCUAAAAAGACGCAGGUUUCAAAAAUGCUCAUUUACUUUCUUUUUUAAUUCCACGUAUUCCUUUUUAUUUAAAAGCAAACCUUCAUAGAAAACCCAUGAAGAUAUUAUUAGAAUACAGUCAUGUUUAACAUCUCUCAGUGGGCAUUUUUUAUGUUUAGGAUAUUAAAAAUACAUUUAAAAUAAGUAUCUAUUUUCUUUUUAAAGUGUAUUUUUGUCUUUUUAAAACAUUUUGGAAAAAAAAACAAAAAUAACUGACUAUUUCCUCUACUUUCUUUUCAAGUUAUACUUUCAGAAAAUAGAACAAGUAAUACCGAAAAAAGACGUACUUUCGUUAUUUCAAUUUAACGAAUUUCAUCAUUUAGUUCAAACAUAGCAUGUAACCAGUCGAAGCAAGGAAUAUUUUAGACAAAAUGGAAAUUGAUUUUCAACUACAUACGGUUUUGGACCAAAUCCAUGGCACGAUGAGAUGCAAAGUAGUUCAUUGUGAAGAACAGGCAAAGUUUAACUUUCAAAGAUGUUUCCAUGUUGUAUGUGCGUCCUGUAUACAGAAUUCCAAAGGCUUUGUUGUUGAUGUUAAGGGUUCAACGAUAGAUGUUUUCUUUUGUCCCCUGUGCAUGAUUUUGUAUAAAAGACACUCAUCCUGGAUAACACCAGAAGUUUUUUUUUCGGAAUCUUGUUCGAAGUAUUGUAUUGCAUGAGAUGUUGCAAACAGGAAGCAGUCCACAGAGGAACCUGUGGCCAUUUACUUUGCUUGAAGUGUAUCAUAAGAGUUGAAAAAGAUAUUACACAGAGAGUGUGUAAUGUUCUUAGAUGUACGACAGUGAUCAGUAGGGAUGAUGUACAACAUUCAUAUCAGCAGGCGGCAGUCACCGAGAUGUGGACAUUACUUAAAAUUCCAAAGAAUCAAGAAUGCAACAUUUUUUGUAAAAAAAAGGCUGUCCUUGUACUGAAAUCCUGUAGACAUGGAUACUGUUACUCCUGCAUUCAUGCAAAAUUGAUGAAACGAAUUGAACCAAGUCUUAGUGGACGUGGUGAAAGAGUAUUCCGGUGUCAGGAGACACUUUGUCCAACGAAAAUAAGCGAAAAAGUGUUGGAACAGUAUUUAUCGCUUUUGUCAACUACAGCUUUAACGGCAGCGUUUUUUCUCGAAAUUUCAACUGAAGAGUGGUACAAAUGUGAAAAUAAAAGUGACGCUGAGCCCAAAGUUCGAAAUAGAGCAUGUAGGCGGCAUCAUGCUUUUUGUUUGGAAUGUUUGACAGGAAAUAAGUCAAACACAGUAUUUAAACCUUAUCUGCAUCGUGGCGACUCCGGAAUACAGGUUAGCUGCAUCGUCCCUAAUUGCGAUUCAUCAACUCCAUUGUUAGCGUUGACUGCAUUUCUGGAAACUUUGACUGGAAAAUCUUACAAGAUUGAAAUAUUUCUGCGAAGAGCACUCAUAUCAGAGAUGUGUACAAACUGUUGCAAGCAAUAUGCUAACGUCACCAGAGUGGCUUGUUCACAUGGUUUAUGUCAUGAAUGUGUAAAGGAAAUUGUGAGUGAAAAGAAGUACAAAUACAACAUGUGCAAAGGAGAAUAUGACACUUGCAGAAACGUUGUACCAAUCUCAGUCUUUCAGAUUUUCGUUCAAAAAGAAAGCCAAAUGGAUUCAAUGAACGAUAGUGAAUACAGCAGAGAACUCCCAAAAAUAGAACUUAGGAUCUCAAUUUCCGAGUCCACUGGGUCUUUAACGUUGUCGGCAGAUGUGACAUCAUCAUCAGCUAUUACAUCUGUCACCUGGAUCCACGGUAAUCAACAAAUAGAGAUGUCAGAAUCACCACAAAAAUUCAUCGAAAAUGAAUCAAGGACACUUCAUCCAACUCUUGUGAUACAAAAUUUACAAAAAGAAGAUGCUGGAUCUUAUUUCGUGAAGGUGGAAAACAAAGACGGUGUCGGGAAAAGCAAUGAAGUACACUUUCCCUUGCCUAAUGAAAAAACAAAGAUUACAAUUAAAAAAAUUCCGAACCAAGAAGAAAAGUCUGUUAUUCUUCAGGCUAAAAUAUCAACAAAGUGGCCCGUGAAAAGAUUGCAAUGGCAAAAGAACAGAAAUAAUUUAAUUAUUUCGAACAUUAUCAUGAAGUAUGUUGAAAACAAAUCAGACAGGCAUAAUCCAGUCCUAACGAUUCAAAAUUUUGAUAAAUCUGACGAGGGAAAAUACAGAUUGUUAGCGGAAAGUAUUGAUGGCCAAGUUGAAAGUGAAGAAAUUGAGUUAAGCAUUUUAGAAGUAGAACGUCCGGAAAUAUUUGUAAAUUUCUCGAUUGACAAAGAAAAGAGGAUCGUGACAUUUAUUGCAAAUAUACCAGCGUCACUAAAAGGAGCAAAAGUACGUUGGACUAAAGAUAACAAAGACAUAGAUUCCAAGCAAUAUAGAAAAUAUAACUGGAUGAAACUCUCUGAUGCUGUUUCAAAGCUAAUUGUACACGACAUUACCAAAGUUGACCAAGGUGAAUACAAGGCCGCAGCAGAAUGUAAACCAAUGACAAUAUGGAGUCAACCAAUUAUUUUCGCCGUUCCAAAAGAUGCUGUAAGAGUGUCACUGGAGUACAAAUUUGAAGGAAACACACUUCUUCUUUGUGCAGAUGUAAUCACAAAUGGCUGGCCUGUCAUAAAAUACAUGUGGCAAAAGGAUGGUCAAGCAAUUCAUCCUGGGGGAAGAGCUCGUGAAAAUUAUUCAGUAAUUGAUCAUCCAAAACUUGUAAUUAAAAAUACCUCCGAAUCAGAUGCUGGACAAUAUACUCUCACAGUUGAAACAUUAGCAGAAGUGAAGAGUAGCGCCUCUGUUCAUGUUUUAAAGCCGGAGCCUGUAAAAACAAAAAGGUCUAAAGAGGAAUAUAAUCCUGACAAUUACACGGAUCCACAGUCAAAAAUAGACAGAUUUCCUGAAGAAUGUCACGGAAUCCCAGAAACUCAAAUUGUAAUGGUGAAAAAUCCAUACACACAAAACAAAAUUUGCAGAUUAUGUUAUGAACUGGCUGUGGUAGAAAUAGAAAACUGCAAACACAGAUUUUGCCGAAAUUGCAUUUCAGUUCUAACCACUAAAUUGCAAUCAGAACAGAAGUAUUUUACUUGCACACUUGGAUGCAAAUCAUGGAUUAGUUUGAAUGCCUUGGACGCGUUUUUGAAAAGACCCUGCGCAAUACAGUUAGAGGUACCAAUGUAUUUUCAAAUAAAACCCAAAACCUGUGAGAGCUGCAAAGGAGAUGGCAUCAUAGAGGCCAAAUACUGUAAUCAUUCUUUAUGCCUAGACUGCUUGCAAAGAUGUAAGCCAGACGAACAAUGCGAAAUACCAUCAUGUAGAAAUAUGAAGCUUCCACCAAAAUAUUACUAUGAAUAUUUGUUAUCAUCAUUAUGCAGCAAGAAGAUCGAUAAGGAUUUGGCGUUUAUUUUAUACCCGGGUAAAUGUGAAGGACUUUUUUCAAACGAAUGCUGUGUAUGUUCCGCCUUUAACUGCUCAGAAAAGGCAGUUUGUAUAGUCAUUCGCUGCGGACAUAAAAUUUGCGCAAAUUGUGUCAAAAUUGCUGAAAAGAAAACGAUUAAAGAAUAUCGACUUAGCUUUUCAAGAUGUCCUGGACCAAAUUGCUGUGAGGAACUUUUCCCAUUCUCACGAUGUUGUCCAGAAGGCAAAAGUUUUGGCUUAAAUGAGACAAAGCAAAUGGAUCAUGAAUGUGUCGCCACUGUGUCUGGAGGGAACAAGGACACAGGGAAAAAGCAUGAGACAAUAGACAAUACAACCUUACAACAAAAGGAAGUAAACAACAAAGGGGAAGAAAAGAGGGGCAAAAGGAAAAUGGAUAGUGGUCUAAUAGAACCUGUCAAGAGACAGUCUGUUGAAAAUGUCGUUACGAACUCAGAAUCAAGAGGAUUGAGAAACAUAGGUUUCUCUUGUUACAGAAAUAGUAUUUUGCAGAUAUUAGCAGAAACACCUUAUUUUUUAGAACGGUUAAACCAGUCUCUGCUUGAAAAGAAGAAAGAAUGGAUACAUUCACUUUGUCUUAUUUUGGAAGGAAUAAGAACCAACACAACUGAAGAAAACAUCGAUGUGUUACAUCAAUUUCACUACGAAUUCAACAAAUCGAAUCCUGAGUAUCGCGAAUAUGAACAAGAAGAUUGUCUCUCAUUCUUAACAUCCCUUCUAAAUGGAAUCCAGGAAGCUUUUACGGAAAAACGUGGAGCACAAGGAGACCCAGUCGAUCUCUUUCGAGGAAAUUGGAGGGAUAGAUAUAUGUGCAAUGAGUGUUCAGUGAAGGAAUACUAUAAUGAUAGUGAAUUUUUCUACUUGCCACUUCCUUAUACCGAAAAAAAGAAAAAGGAAGCAACCAUUGGAUCAUGUUUUCUUGGCCUUCUUGUGGAGGAAGAAAUCGACAUGUUUUCGUGCUCUAAAUGUGGUUGUAAUAAAAUGAUGAAACAGCUGGAUAUUGUCCAUUUCCCUUUAAUUCUCGUUCUGCAAAUUUCCAAAAUUCACGAGGCUGACUCUACAGACAAAGAAUGCAGCUUUGAAAAAAGGAGAAAUUUCGUAAAAUUUUGGGACACAUUUGAAGGAUUGAAAAACAGAGAGCUUAAACAGAAAAUUGGAGACGAUACGUUAAGACCAUAUCGGCUAUUUGGAGUCGUCGUUCACUGGGGAAGUGAAAGAAGUGGACAUUAUAUUUGCUUCGUGAAACUAAAAGUGGAGCAAAAGUGGAAGAGAUGUGACGAUUCGUAUGUGGAUGACGCAUCUAUUAAUUCUGUAUUAAGAAGUAAUGCGUAUUUGUUGUUUUAUGAAAAAUGUGAAACGAGUAUUGAAUGAUCGAUAAUUUAGUUUAGAUGUAUAGUUAAUGAUGUUUAAUUUGAUCUUUAGAGUUGGAAAAUGUCAAUGAGGAUAGUUGUUGGGUUGUCUCUUUGUAACUAGAGGUUUGGUAGUGAAGUGAUAUCGCAACCAUGCUUUUUUUAAGGGGGGGUGAUGAUUAAAAGUUCUUUUUAUAUAAAAGCAUGCAACAUGUUCCAUGCAACAGAAUAAUUUGAAUAAAUUUCAACCAAUAGGAAGGCUUAGUUUUAAUAGA